UUGACAGUGUUUACAUGUUAAUGCUACUAGUCUACUACUAAAGCAAGUAAUCUACUUUUUAUGUUGGCAUACUUCAACGCAACUCAAUCAACGAUAUUAAUGUGUCUUACUUACCAGUCAAAGCAUAAAAAUCUGUGGGUGUGGCUAAAUCUAUGGGUUCUUAAAAGGAUUCAUGAUUGAUUAUUAUAUUGAUAAAUUUGAAAUGGUGUUCAAGUAGAUAUGAAAUUUCCAAGAAGCUUGAUCCUGUCCUGUUUAAUGAUCACUGGCUUGGUAUGUUUCGAUACUAGUACAAUAUUUUUGGGGGAGGUGGGUGUUCUGAUCACUCUCGACGCUGAAUCCAUCUGCACUCUGAAGUUCCACGGCCUAAGCGCCUUUCAAAUUUGAAAAUACCACAGCGAGUCUGGAGGAGUUUAAGCCAACAGUCAGCCAGUUCUGGAGAGACACGAAACCAAUUCAUCAGUCGACUUUAUCACUCCUCUGUUUCUCAAAAAAACUGAAGGGCUUAAAACCAGUCAUUCAAGAAUUAGCAGAAGAUGGUCUAGGCAACUUAACACAGAAGUCAAAAGAAGCUCUGGCCAUUCUCUUCGAUAAAUAGAAUGUGAACCUAGCAAAUCCAACACAGCAGAACAUGGAAGCAGAGAAUAGAACUUAUAAGAUAUGGGAUCAUGUCUCUGAUUUGGAGGAAAGCUUUCUGAAGAAAAAAAUCAAAAAUGCAUUGGUUAAAGAAGGGUGACAAGAACAACAAAUCUUUUAAUAGAGCAGCCACAAUGCGCGAGAUCAGGAACUCUAUCAAAGAGAUUCAAUGCGAUGAUGGCAGAUUUAUGGACUGCAUUCGAUACUAAGACUGAAGCAGAAUGUUUUUCAAAGAAUUUUUGCAGCAUAAGCCGCAUGAUUACACUGGAAUUACAGUGGAGGUCUGAGAGAGAGUUUUGCCUUAUCGCUGCAGUGAAAUAGAGCUGGCUCAACUGACAAAGGAGGUCAUUGCAGAGGAGAUUAGGGCAGUCUUUUUUGCAAUGCCAAGUGAAAAAUCUCCGGGUCCAGAUGGGUAUACAUCAGAAUUUUUCAAAGCGACUUGGGAUAUUAUCGGUUCUGCGUUUACUAUAGCCGUUCAGUCUUUCUUUACUAAAGGUUUCCUUCCAAAAGGAGUUAACACAACAAUCUUGGCUCUCAUACCAAUGAAGCUGGAGGCUCGUCACAUGAAGGUCUACCAACCGAUCUCAUGUUGCAAUAUUAUCUAUAAAGUUAUUUCAAAGAUUACUGCUAAUCGGCUGAAAGUAAUAUUACCAGAUUUCAUUAACCCCAACCAAUCUAUUUUGUUGAAGAUAAGUUUCUUAUUGAAAAUCUUCUUCUUGCGAUAGAGUUGGUUAAAGACUAUCAUAAAGAUUCGAUUUCUAAGAGAUGUUCGAUCAAGAUUGAUAUCUCGAAAGCCUUUGACUAUGUUCAGUGGACUUUUAUUCUUAAUACUCUUGAGGAUAUGGGUUUUCCACAGAAGUUUAUUCACUGGAUUUCAAUCUGCGUCACUACAGUUUUCUUCUCAGUUCACGUGAAUGGGGAACUAGCAGGUUUUUUCAAAAGUGAAAGAGGGUUGUGCCAAGGCUGCACACUUUCACCUUACUUAUUCAUCAUCAGUAUAAACGUCCUUUCAAAACUCCUGGAUAAAGCAGCUCUGGAUCGUAAGAUUGGGUACCAUCCGAAAUAAAAGAAUCUCGGACUCACCCAUUUGAGUUUCCCUGACGAUAUUCUGGUUUUCACUGAUGGAAAUUUUUGAUCAAUCGACAGUAUCGUAGAAUUUUUUGACAAUUUCGCAAGAAUGUCAAGCCUUCGCAUUAGCAUGGAUAAAUCAACUAUCUAUUAUGAUGGGUGUCUUGAUUCAACUCACCAAGCAGUCCAAGCGCAAUACCAUUUUGAAUCAGGCAAACUUCAUGUUCGAUAUCUCGGGCUUCCUCCUCCAACCAAAUGGAUGGGAGCUCAAGACUAUCAGCCUCUACUUGAACAAAUAAGAAAACGGAUCAACUUAUGGACAAAUCGCUUUUUGUCGACGGCAAGACACUUACAACUAAUAUGCUAUGUUCUCAUGAGUAUAACCAAUUUUUGGAUGUCCUCUUUUGAUUACAGGAGAAUGCCUCAAGGAAAUAGAUCGCCUCUGUUCUGCAUUCUUGUGUCAGGCCAUGUGUUGAAUCCUAGGAAGACAAAGAUAUCGUGGGGUGUAGUUUGCAGACCAAAGAGUGAAUGUGAGUUAGGUUUAAAGCCUCUGAAAGAAGCAAAUAUGGUGAGUUGUCUAAAACUUACAUGGCGACUAACAUCACUGCAGCCAUCUUUAUGGGAUCAUUGGGUCCAGACAAAUUUAUUCGUCAAGGAAACUUCUGAACAGUGAAAGAAUAACACAUCUAUGGGGUCCUUGAUGUGGUAUAAGUUGCUGAAAGAAAGAGACAAAGCUAAACCUUCUGCCAAAUGGAUGUAAGAGAUGGUCUAUCAACUUCGUUUUGGUAUGACACUUGGAUAUAUAUGGGAUGCCUAUCUGACUUGGUAGGUGCAAGAGGUUGUAUUGAGAUGGGUAUUAGAGAAACUGCUUCAGUGGCCUCUCCUGUAGUGCGUAGGAAAAAAACUCACCGAGUAAAGAUUUAUAAUAUGAUCGAGACAGCCUUGGAGAACCAAAGGACCAUGAUGAUUGUAUCAGCUUAUGUCCCUUUAUGGAAACAAAAAGACAACACAUACAUGCCACAUUUUAGCACCAAACGAACCUGGAUUCUCAUUCGACAGGUGCAUCCGACAAUGCAAUGGCAGUAUGCAACCCCAAAAUAUGCUUUAUGCACCUGGUUAGCUAUUCAUAACAGACUAACAACGGGAGAUCUUAUGGCCACUUGGAACAGCAGAAUAAGUUCUUAUGUAUUUUCUGUCAGCGGGAGACUGAAACUCAUGAACACAUUUUCUUCGAUUGUGUGUUCUCUGCGGAAAUGUGGUCACUCUUAACACGAGGGCUUUUAGGUUAUCGAUUUACUACGGUUUGAGGAGAUCUUACUCACCUCAGAAUGGACACAACUCAGGAUCAAAAAUUCAAGUUUCUGUUGCGUUACACAUUUCAGAUCACUCUUCACUCCAUAUGGUGGGAGAGAAACAAUAGACGUCAUCAAGCAACGCUUAUGGUAGGAGGCUCUCCGGCUAAGAUGAUUGAUAGGCAUAUUCGUAACUGGUGCUUAACGGUAUCUGCGACGGGCCAUCAAAAUUAUGAAGCUCUGCUGCAGCUUUGAUUUGCUUCAAGGGUUUAGACUCUGUUUUUGUUUAAUUGUUAUGAUUUUCUGGUUUCUAGAAAAUCAAUUAGGUCCAACACGAUAUAUUUGAUGUACAAAAGUUAGUUUUCUUUUUAAUGAAUUUUACAUAUAUUGAAAAAAAGAUAUGAAAUUUCUUCACCAAAUCAAAGUCUUUGUGGGUGGCAUGGGUUAAGAAUCAUAAUGUUCCAAAAAAAAAAGCUUCUAUCUCACAGUUGCGUUGAACUGUUUUUUGAUAGCGAUUAGAAGUAUGCUUCAACUCAAAUGUGUUUUAUUAGAUACACUAGGAGCAUUGUCCCCGCGCAAGCGCCGGGUUGUAGACAGAGUUCUUGUUUCAUCUCAAUAUUUGCUAGGGUUAUUGUAGUUGUGAAUUUUGCGUUUUGAGUUGUUUUUCAAGUUUUUUUUAUUGUUAUAGGGUUAGAAUUGUGAUGAUGAACUGUGUAUGCAUUGUUGUCCACUUAUGAAGGACUAAACUGUGUUAGUAAUGUGAUUGAUAUAGUUUGUGUUGUUGUUUGUUGUGUCACUGAGACUUAUUGUUUGUUUGUCUUUUAAUUUGUUUAUUGUCUUGUUGAGAGUACAUAAAUUACAUUAAAGUUGUUGAGAGUAUUUUUUUGUUUCUGGAUAUUUUUUCUCCAGUUUAGUUGUGUAAGUUAUAUGUAUUACUAUUAAGAAAUAAUUUUUAUUAUCUUUAUUAUGUUUGUUAUAUUUUUUUGUUUUAUUUUUAAAUUUGUUGCUCUUACCGGACCUUUAAAACAAAUACAUGAAGUCUUUUAGAAAUAACUAUAAAAUGAGUGAAAAUUCUGAGUAUUUGGGCUUUAAUGAGUUUUAAAUGAAUUUAUGUAUUUCUCAUAAGAAGACAAUAGUAUUGACUUGUUGACACGGGCAUGUAAGCUAUUUUUAAUAAGACAAGAGGAGUGACCAGGUGGAGAUGUUAUUGCCGCCUUUGUGUUUGUCGGGAUUGUCUCUUGUAUCUCAUGUUGUGGAUGUGUUUGUUUAUUUUUUAUUUGAUGGGUAAUAUGUAAACAAAAAUUAUUGUUAGCUGUAUUUAUCAGAGUUCAUAACUUACUAUGCUUUUUUUUGUUUAGGUAAUUUCACUGAUCUUUGUUGUCGUAUUCGUUGCGAAAGUAAGUUUGUAAAUUGUUAAAUAGUUGGCUGUGUAGUUUGUAUUUGUUUAGCUGACUCGGUGUAUGUGUCGUUGCGAAAGUAAGUUUGUAAAUUGUUAAAUAGUUAGCCGUGUAGUUUGUAUUUGUUUAGAUGACUCGAUGUAUGUGUUGUUGAGUUUUAGUUGAUAUGAUUGGUUUGGUAUAUUUGUUUUGAAGUUUAUUUCUAAGAUUAGACAAAAAAAAGAGGUGAUCAUUAAUGAUUCGUCUUAUUUAGAAUUCUAGCUUUUGGUGAUUUGAUUGUUUGGGUUGUUGUGGUUUCUUUUAAGCUGCAAAAUAAAGGUUUGCGUAAAAUUAGGUUGAUAAGUAAGGGAGAUAAAUAGACGACCACAGAAUUUGGGUAAGAAAUAUUUUUGAUUAUUGAUGUUAGCACAAUAUAGAUAAUAAUAUAAAGGAAAUUGUGUGUUGAUUGUUUCUUACGGAUCAAUGAGGAGACGGAUAACGACUCGAUUUGUUUCUUUGCUAAGGUUAGAGCCUUGGACAGAACGGAUUUGCUCAACCACAUCUCAGAGUUUAAAUAUCAGUUAUGAUAACGAAACAUAUUAUAAACCUAGAUGAAAUAUGAUAAUAUACCUGGGAGUUCUAGGUUUAUGUUCGCAGUCACUUGGAAAUUGUCAAACAGUCUAAUUAUAAUUGGAGAUUAAUCUUAGGAGCACCCGUGAUGACUUCAUCAAUAAUAGUUGGUGAGAUGAAACAAAUGAGGAAUGGAUGAUCAAUUAUUUUGUAAAUGCUUGAGCACUUAGCAACCUCAAAACGAUCGACUUUCACAAUGGAACCGACUUUCAAAGAUGGCAUGUAAUGAUUAGCACGUCCAGUGAGAAUAAACCCAUGAAUCACGGAAUUUGCAAAUAAUAUUAUUUAACAAAGAAUCAAGAAAUCAAUUAAAAACAAUUAUAUUAAAUAAGUGUGAUAAAUCGAAGAUUAACUUACAUUUUCAUCAAGGAAGAGAACCGUGAUUUCCAUAAAUUCACUGUCUUUCUUGAAGUUCAGGGAAUCCUAUAAGCGAGGAGGUUAUAGGCUAUGCUCUGACUACUACGACCAACACGGAGAGACUCGAAGGUUGAGUGACGGAUGCCGGGAACGCAGGUUUGAGGAACUAGCGAGGGCAGAGAGACAUUUUCUAGAAGAUCGUUAAAGAUAAGAGGAAUCAAUGAGUUUUGUGUUGACGCAGAUUGAGUUCAUCAAAGAUGAGAAUCAUAUAUAUAGGGUUUACAGAAAGGCUACAAAUCAGGAACAUUUAAGAUCAAGCGAUUUAAGAUGGGGAGAUGAAGAGUUCACCGGUGAAAAAUUAGAUUGUGAAUAGACACACGGCGCAAUUCUGUAACUCAGAUUUAUCUGAGACAAUGAUGAAAAAAACUCUAACUCAUGUUAAACGAAGACAGUUUACAAUAUGAAAAAACUAUAAUUGUUGUUUUUUUCAUAUAACGUGAUGAACCUCAUUUGAAAAUGAAACUCAUAAUAUACUUGUAGGCCCGGCCCACAGAGAAAACCGAAGAAGCAAAGGUUUCCGAUCUUCGUAAAUAUAUAUUAGUUUUGGCCAUCAAUGUACAAAGUAUCAUUUAGUUUAGCGGUAUAAAUGUUGGUGUUUAUAUCUCAAUAACCGAGGUUUGAACCACAAGUUAGACAUUUUCUUCAUACUUUUUAAAAGUGAGACCCACCAAAAUACUGACGUGUCACCUCAGGAAAAAAGAAACUGUACUAUUAUAUUAUAAAUAAAUUUUAAAUUGUAGACUAAUAAUAACAUGUGAUACUAGAUGAUUUUUACUAUAAUUAUAUAUGUAGUAGCCCCAAAACUUACUGAUAAUUUUAGUAUACCAGUGUUAAAUAGCUUCUGCUAGUUUAUUUUUGCACCAUAAUCAAUUGAAUUCAUGUUGAUAAUUCUGGUUUUUUGGUCAAAUGGAGUAUUAAGAAUAUUGGAGAAUUGUGGAAGGGAAAUAGUUUUCAAAUAAAUACAGCCCAAGUUAUAAACAUACAUAAGGAAGGAUUUUUGGAGUAUUAGCAUUAUGGAGUUGUUUCGUUUGAUAGUUUGAAUGUUUGAUAGCGGUCGUUGGCGAUUUGAUUUGAACCAUUAUCAACGGUGAGUAUGGCUUUUUGAGACUCCGAAGGGACAAAUUGUAAUCCAAUAUUAAUGAUACACAUAUGUAACUCUAAACUUCAUUUGACAACUAAUUUAUUAAUUAAGAACACGUUACAAUCUAAUCAAAACAGAUAAGCCCAUCAAACACAAAUCUCGAAUUCUAGAGAAGACCAUUUUUUGAUACAGCUAUUAGUUAAUUAUAAUAUUAAAACUUCACAUAAAUUUGAAAAUAAGGAUAGAAAAACAGCAUCAUAUAAAUGUAUUAACUACAUUAUAAUAUGCCUUGAUUGGGAAAGGCAUUGGCUCGCCAUUAUGUUGGAAAGAAACAUUCGCAUAUUUGGUUUACUCGGUGGUAAAUUGACAAUUUUAAUGACCGGUCAAAUCUCAGAUUAGGCACUCUGGACUGGCAUUGUAUCUGAAUAUACAGAUAAACAUAUUAACAUAUUUGUAUAUAUGGAUAAGAUUCUAAGCGAAUUUAACAAAAUGUCAAGGUCCUAUGACAUAUAAAUGUUUUCUAAGAAAUAAGCUAGUUAGUAUAUGUAAGGCUUUUUCUUCUCCCAUGUUUAGGCUAUCUACGAAGAGACAUUUGGCUUUUCAUUUUGGAUUGUUGCAAAAUACAUUUUCAACGUUUUGUGAAGAUUUUGUAUGUGUGAAAUCAAUGCUUAUUAAAACAAAAUAGCUCAUGCACGUUUGAGUUUUUUUUUCCCACGUAUUGAAUUUAGAAACGAUAUAACAAUCUACAAAAGUAAACGUGUAUACAAAUUGGAUCAAGAACCGGAGUUUGUAUGUGAAAUUAAGAGAAUUUAUAAAAUAUAGGAUUCAGCUGAAAGGCAGUUAGGGAUUUAUCCAGUUUAGACAGAACCACAUAUCACUCUCAGUUAGCAUCAAUAUCCAUAGCGGAUACCAUAUUCAUAUCGGAUCAAGUGGUUUUUAAUACCAUGUCUAAAGUUCAUUGGGUUAUAAUCCAUUAGCACAACAUAAUAUAUUAUGUGAAAUUCCUGACAUAAGAAACCAAUAGCUUAGUAUUACAUAUUUUUGGUCGAUAUAAAUGUAAUUUCGGAAAACAUUUCUAUCCAACCCUGUCUGGUUUACAUGGAAUAAUACUACGCUUUUGAUACGAUCCUCUUUUGCUAAUGAAUCCACAUAGACAUUUUAGUUCUUAAGAAUAUAUGUCUUAAGCUCAAACUCCCAAAAAUAUCAUGCAAAAGGCGAAACGAAGUUAUCAUUGAAAUGAAGACCGGCCAUUCGACCGAGUUUAUAGUCAUAUCCAUCAAAUCUAAGUAAUCAGUCUCGAUUCGGAUAGAGGGAAUUUGCAUAUCUAUCGCACACAAAAUGACUCAUAACAAUCUAUAUAUUGCUACAACUACAUUUUUCCUGUAUGUAACUAUACACCGUGGUUGGAUAAACCCAAAUAAUUUUAUAAAAAAAUUACAGAGAAACUUGCAACUAGAAUGGCGUAUAUUCACCACUCCUUUUAAUACUACUACAACAAGACAACCCACCUUCGUAUUCUGAUAUUCUAACCUGUCAAUUGUAUUUUAUACUAAAUUUGGGGGAUCAAGGUAUAUUACAUAUUUUAUAAACAAAAGCUAAGAUUCGACUUGAAAUGCGACGGCUCGGCUUCUCUUUAAAGAUAUUGAUCCUUGAGAAACCCUAUAGAGCCAUAUAUUUGUUCUCUUUAUAAAGAGACACAACCCCAUCUUUUUGUUUAAAGAGUACUGCAUAGCUAUAAAAUAAAGUAGAUUAAUCUCUAAAAUCACCAUGAUUAAUAGCUUAAGCAAUAUGAAGAACUACAACGAGAAACGUGUAAGAUGUUGUGAGUACAUCAAAGCUCUUGAAGAAGAACGCCGCAAGAUCAAUGUCUUCCAACGCGAGCUUCCUCUUUGCUUAGAGCUUGUCACUCAGGCGAUCGAGACAUAUAAAAAGGAGAUAUCAGAGGCGACAAUGGAGAACUUGUGCGGACAAUCGGAGUGCUCCGAGCAAACGACCGGAGAAUGUGGGGGCAUCCUGGAUCUAUUUAGACCUAUCAAACACUCUUCAACCUCCUUAGAAGGGGAAGAAGAAGAGGUUGAUGCUGAUGAUGAACAUGAAUCUAAUGAAACUGGCCUAGAUUGCGAUGACAAGAACAUGAAAUCUGAAUGGCUCAAGUCUGUUCAGCUCUGGAACCAACCUGACUCCGUUCUUUCUAAGAAAUUGGAACGCUCACAACAGGAGACAGAAACGGUGGUAGAAGCGAUAAACGGAAAUGACAACGGAACAACGUCUCAUCAGCCGCCAUGUUAUGAAACGAGCAACGGAAAAAGCGGCGACGAUAAAUCUCAGGCGAGUAUUAGCGGUCGGCAAAAGAUGGAGGCGGAAAAAGACAUCAGCGGUGGUAGCGGCGGGAUAGGGCGGAGAAAGCAUAGGCGGUGUUGGUCACAUGAGUUGCACAGACGCUUCUUGAACACUCUUAAACAGCUUGGUGGUCCUCAUGUAGCUACUCCGAAACAGAUAAGAGAGCUAAUGAAGGUUGAUGGGUUAACAAAUGAUGAAGUUAAAAGUCAUUUGCAGAAAUACAGGCUGCAUACAAGACGACCUGGCCAAACAAUUCCUAACAAGAGAGAUUCUCAAACGCAACAUUUCGUAGUCGUCGGUGGGAUAUGGGUCCCUCAAGCUAGCCACUCCACGGCCAAUGCUGCCACAGCGGGUGAGACCACCAUCGGGAUUUAUGGUCCGUUGCAAGCAGAGUGGCCGAGCCAAUCAAAUUUUGGUCGGACUAUUUCGGAAGAAAGAUCACGAUGCUCUAACAAAGGAAUUAUUCGGUGUAGCUCUCCUGCAAUGUCUUCUUCUACUCGUACAAAGACUAAAGAUGCAAAACUAUCAUAACUUUAUUUUAAAAGUUCAUUACGAAAACCAAAGGGUAUAGACAUUGAAAUUCAUACGAAAAUGUUUAUAUACUAUUACAUAGGAUAAAAUGGAAUUUGUUACUUUACUGUGUACACAUUGUUGUUAGCUGUCCCAUAAAUCAAAGAUCCAUAUUAAUUUACUGAA